AUGGAGUUGAUCAUGGACAAAUGGGUGAAGCCUUCAGUGGACAUCUCGAAGUGGGAGUUCUAUGACUUGAGUUGCAAGGAACGUGAUGCAACCAACGAUCAAGUCCUGAAGGACGCUGUAGCUGCUGGAGCUCGAAUCGGUUCCAUCUUCAAAGAGCCGACCAUCACCCCCACGAAGGAACAGAUGGCGUCCAUGGGCCUUACCAAAGCUUUGGGCUCACCAAACGGAUUGAUGCGUCGGGGUUGGAAUGGAAUCACUAUCUCCCGGGACACCAUUCACAUCCCUGGCAUCGAGUUGGGCUUCAAGAGACCCGUGCUCUUCGAGCGCCAUGCCGUGGGCGGUGAGUAUGGAGCUGGCUGGAAGAAGGUGGGCAAGGGACGGGUGCUCACCACUUUCUUUCCAGAAAGCAUGGAUGAGGGAAAACCCAUCAUCGUGGACGGCCGGGAGGUGAAGGAUGAUCGAAGUUGCGUUGUGGUCUAUGACAACCCGUUGGACAAUGUGGAGGAUUUGGCGCACAUUUUCUUCCAGCGCUGCCUUGAAGCCAAGGUGGUUCCUUAUGUGGUUACCAAGAAGACCGUCUUCAAGUGGCAAGAAGGUUUCUGGCAGAUCAUGAAGGAAGUCUUCGACGCGGAUUACAAGGGAGACUUUCUGAAAGCGGGGCUCCUGGAGAAGACGCACGGUGAGUUGCAGCACUUGAUCAGCGAUGCUGCUACCAUGCAAAUCAUCCGUUGGACCGAUGGAGGUUUUGGCAUGGCCUGCCACAACUACGAUGGCGACAUGUUGACGGAUGAGGUGGCACAGGUGCACCGAAGUCCAGGCUUCAUCACGUCCAACCUCAUUGGAAAGAGAGAGGAUGGCGCGCUCAUCAAGGAGUUUGAGGCCUCCCAUGGUACUGUUGCCGAUCUUUGGCAUGCGCAUUUGCGUGGCGAAGAGACAUCCAUGAAUCCUCUCGGCAUGGUGGUGGCCUUGCUGGGGGCUAUGGAUCAUUCUGCCUCUUUGGCACAGGAUCCUCAGUUGCUGCAAGUGACUCAACACUUCACCAAGUGCUGCCAAGCAGCUGUUUAUGCAGCAUUCCGCAGCGGCAAAGGAACCAGGGACAUGGCAGGCCCUGAGGGGCAGACCACAGAGCAAUUUGUGAAUUGGGUGGCCGAAGAGCUUGGCAGGCGACUAGAAUCCGCAGAUGGGGCAAAGCUCGCGGACAUAGUGGAAGAAGAAACUGCCAAACCAGUUGUGAAAGUGUCACGGAAGUUCAGAAGAAACUACAAGGUCGAUGAAGGAAAAAUGCAGGCUAUGUUUGCCCGUUUUGACACGGACGGCAAUGGCAAGAUCGACUUCGAGGAAUUUGUUGAGCUGGCCCUGGAACUGGGUAUCGCCCCACUGGAGGACGAAGCCAUCAUCGCAGAGAUGGAACACCAGGAGCACAAGGCGGACCUGGAAGCUGCUCGAGGCCGAGUACGACGGUGGGCAUCCAUCGAAGAGCCCAGAUUAAUUUAG